AUGGCGAUCCCCUGUCACACGAUGGAGGAUAUAGUUGGAACUCUACGCAGCUCUCUGGGGUCGUUAGGGUUUGAAGUGUAUCCUUUCAAGGUCGCUUGGUACAAUGCAGUCACCUCCUCUGCCUUUCACCUCAGACACCCCGAGGACACGCUGGCUGUGGUGAUCUUGAGCACUCCAUCCAUGUUUGAGCGACUUUUUCUGCCUUUCUUGCGGAGCAGACGAUGCGACUUGGUAAAAGAUCCCAUAGACCAGUGUGUCACCCACACCAUCACCACCUUCAUCUCUCAGCAUUUUCCUGAUCAGUCUGUGGAGAUCAGUUUUGACUAUGAGAUACUUCCAAACAGAAGACCAAAGUUCCUAGCUCAGACUGCAGCCCAUGUAGCAGGAGCAGCGUACUAUUACAAGGCAUCAGACAUCCCAAAUCCACCGUGGGGAGACAAAAAGAUGUUUGGAGUCUGUGUCCACCCCAGGCUGGGGGGAUGGUUUGCUAUCCGUGCCUUGCUAGUGUUCAGGGAUCUGGAGGCGGGGCCAGGUCUGCAGCAGACACCCCCCCCUAACUGUGUGACAUCACGAGAGGACAGAAUAGACCUGUUGGAGAGAUUUAACUUUCACUGGCAAGACUGGAACUACAGAGACAUCAUUACUGCUGAGGAGAGGUACUCUCCACAACAGAAAGAGUACUUCCUCACUCCACCAGCACAGCGGGAGGCACUGCUCCAAAAGUGGGGCUUUUUGACGGAGGUGCAGAACGGGAGAGAAACAGAGGACACAAUAGGGGAUGAUAGUCAUUAG